CCACCUUCUUCUUCUUCUUCUAAACAAACAAAAAAAGAUCUGUUUCAAUGGCGGAUCGUGUUAAAGGUCCAUGGAGUCAAGAAGAAGAUGAGCAGCUACGUAGGAUGGUGGAGAAAUACGGUCCGAGGAAUUGGUCGGCGAUUAGCAAAUCGAUUCCAGGUCGAUCUGGUAAAUCGUGUAGAUUACGGUGGUGUAAUCAGUUAUCUCCGGAGGUUGAGCAUCGUCCUUUCUCGCCGGAGGAGGAUGAGACUAUUGUAACGGCUCGUGCUAAGUUUGGUAACAAAUGGGCCACGAUUGCUCGUCUUCUCAACGGUCGUACGGAUAACGCCGUUAAAAAUCACUGGAACUCGACGCUUAAGAGGAAAUGUAGCGGAGGUGUGGCGGUGACGGGGAUGACGGUGACGGAGACGGAGGAGGAGGAGGAUCGGCCGAAGAAGAGGAGAUCUGUUAGCUUUGAUUCUGCUUUUGCUCCGGUGGGUACUGGAUUGUACAUGAGCCCUGAGAGUCCUAAUGGAUUCGAUGUUAGUGAUUCAAGCACGAUUCCGUCUCCGUCGUCUCCUGUUGCUCAGCUUUUUAAACCAAUGCCGAUUUCCGGCGGAUUCUCCGGUGUUCCCCCUCCGCCGUUACCGGUGGAAAUGUCUUCGUCUUCGGAGGAUCCGACGACUUCGUUGAGUUUGUCAUUACCUGGAGCUGAGAACACGAGUUCGAGCUACAUCAACAACAAUAACAAUAACAACAACAACGCGUUGAUGUUUCCGAGAUUUGAGAGUCAGAUGAAGAUUAAUGUAGAGGAGAGAGGAGGAGAAGGACGUAGAGGUGAGUUUAUGACGGUGGUGCAGGAGAUGAUUAAAGCUGAAGUGAGGAGUUACAUGGCGGAGAUGCAGAGAACGAGUGGUGGUGGAUUCGUCGUCGGAGGUUUUAGGGAUUGUGGGAUAAUAACACCUAAGGUUGAGUAAUCUAAAGUUACGUUCGAGUCUCUCCUCUUCUCUCACUCGGCUAUUUUGAUUCCCCUCCAAUUUUCUCCGGCGGAACGGUCAAAUCACAUCGGAAAUUCAACCGGAGAUCAAAUGGCACUGCCGUCGAUCUCAUCAAUCGGCGCCACAGUCUCAAUCCUGAUCUAUUUCUUCUCUCUUCCUUAUUCAAUCACAGCUGGUGAAAACAUCCUCCACCAAUCUCCCGCCGCUAGAUCACGACGUCCCAUGGUGUUCCCAUUGUUCCUCUCUCAACCAAAUUCUUCUUCGAGAUCCAUCUCAAUCCCACAUCGGAAACUCCACAAAUCCGACUCAAAAUCACUGCCUCACUCUCGCAUGAGACUCUACGACGAUCUUCUUAUUAACGGGUAUUAUACAACGAGGCUUUGGAUUGGUACACCACCACAAAUGUUUGCUCUUAUAGUUGAUUCUGGAAGUACUGUUACUUAUGUUCCUUGUUCUGAUUGUGAACAAUGUGGCAAACACCAGGACCCAAAAUUUCAGCCAGAAUUGUCGAGUACUUAUCAACCUGUGAAGUGUAACAUGGACUGUAAUUGUGAUGAUGAUAAGGAGCAAUGUGUUUACGAGAGAGAGUAUGCGGAACAUAGUAGUAGUAAAGGUGUGCUUGGAGAAGAUCUUAUAUCAUUUGGCAAUGAAAGCCAGCUGACACCUCAACGAGCUGUUUUCGGUUGCGAAACUGUUGAAACCGGUGAUCUUUAUAGUCAACGUGCUGAUGGUAUUAUCGGAUUAGGUCAAGGGGAUCUUAGUCUUGUGGAUCAGUUGGUGGAUAAAGGUUUGAUUAGCAACUCUUUUGGUUUGUGUUAUGGAGGGAUGGAUGUUGGUGGAGGUUCGAUGAUUCUUGGCGGGUUUGAUUAUCCAUCUGAUAUGAUAUUCACGGACUCUGACCCUGAUCGUAGUCCAUAUUACAAUAUAGAUUUGACGGGGAUACGUGUUGCUGGGAAGCAAUUGUCGCUUAAUUCGAGGGUCUUUGAUGGGGAACAUGGCGCCGUUUUAGACAGUGGUACAACAUAUGCUUAUCUCCCUGACGCAGCAUUUGCAGCAUUUGAGGAAGCUGUAAUGAGAGAAGUUUCCCCGUUGAAGCAGAUUGAUGGUCCUGAUCCAAAUUUUAAAGAUACUUGCUUCCUUGUCGCUGCAAGUAAUGAUGUCACUGAACUUUCGAAGAUAUUCCCAUCGGUCGAGAUGAUAUUUAAGAGUGGGCAAUCAUGGCUGUUGUCCCCUGAAAAUUACAUGUUUCGACAUUCCAAGGUGCAUGGCGCAUACUGUCUCGGUGUUUUUCCAAAUGGAAAAGAUCAUACUACGCUUUUAGGAGGAAUUGUGGUUCGCAAUACACUUGUUGUGUAUGAUCGCGAGAAUUCUAAGGUUGGAUUCUGGAGAACCAAUUGUUCGGAGUUAUCGCAUAGGCUUCAUAUCGAUGGUGUAUCACCACCUGCUACUUUGCCUUCAAAUGGUUCAAAUCCAUCCCGCAAUUCAUCAAGCGAUAUUCAAGGGGAGAUUCAAAUUGGUCAAAUAAACCUUGAUUUGCAACUAACAGUCAAUUCGUCCUAUCUGAAACCUCACAUUGAAGAGCUCUCCAAGUUAUUAUCCAAGGAGCUUGAUGUCAAAUCUUCACAGGUCAGUUUAUCGAAUCUCACCUCCAAAGGAAACGAGUCUCUCAUCAGAAUGGUUGUUGUUCCUCCUGAACCUUCGACUUUGUUUUCGAAUGUCACAGCAACGAAUAUAGUAUCCCGGUUUACCAAUCAUCAAAUCAAGCUUCCUGAAAUCUACGGAAACUAUCAGCUGGUUAAUUACAAACUCGAGCCUCCAAGAAAACGGACGAAUAACAACAUUGUCAUGAUCGCGAUUGGGAUUAUCGUCGCUGUAAUUAUCGGGUUAUCAGCUUAUGGAGCUUGGAUGAUAUGGAAACGGAAACAAACAUCAAUUCCAUACAAACCUGUUGAUGAAGCUAUAGUAGCUGAGCAAGAACUGCAACUUAUAUCAUAAAGAACUUGGUGGUACCUUAUUUUUAUAUUCUCAUAUUUUUCAUACAAAAGCAAAGCUGUUUGGUCUUAUUCAAGAAAAAAAAAACAGAAUCCCAACUGUCUUACUGAUCUUUAUUGUUUAGUAAAUAAUGCCAACUUUU